UGCUGCUGCUGCUGCUGCAUCUCCGGCAGCAGCUGCGGAGGGAGGAGCAGCAGCAGCGCCGGAAGCGGCAGCAGCGGGCGCCGCCGGUUCGCCGCCCGCAGCCGCAGCCGCAGCAGCAGCCGCAGCAGCAGCAGCAGCAGCAACACCGGAAGCAGCAGCAGCAGCAGCAGCAGCAGCAGCAGCAGCAGCAGCAGCAAAAGGACCUUUGGUGGUGCGGCUGUUCAGCAGAAGACAAGAAGACAUAACAGCAAAGUACCCCGACGUUGCUGCGCUGGUGCUGCAGUGUCUGGACAGCUCCACGCGCAGCUGCAUCCUCGACGCCGAAGCCGUCGCCUGCAGCAGCGCCGCCCCGCAGCAGCAGCAGCAGCAGCAGCCGCAGCAGCAGCAGCAGCAGCAGCAGCAGCAGCAGCAGCAGCAGCGGGAGGCGCUGGAGCUGCUGCCGUUUCAGGUGCUGGCGAGCCGGCGGCGGAAGCUGGUGGAAGUCUCGGAAAUAAAAGUAAAAGUUGCAGUUUUUGUUUUCGAUUGCAUGCAUUUAAAUGGAAAGUCUCUUUUAAAAACUAAUUUGCUGCAGCGCCGCGAGCGCAUGCACCGCGCCCUCCAGCUGUACGUACACCCCAGGCUCCGCGCAGCAACCCACGCCCCAGUCCGCUCCCCCGCGGAAUUCUCCACCUUCCUCCUCCAGGCCAUCCGCAGCGGCUGCGAGGGUUUGAUGGUGAAGGCGCUGGGGGAGGUUUACGAACCCUCGAAGCGCUGCAACAAUUGGCUGAAAGGCAAGCGCAGCAAGUUGUUUGAGGCUCUUCUGCUGGACAUAGGGUUUAGGGGGAAGCGGAGCGGAGUGUUUGGGGCUUAUUUGUUGGCGGUUUACGACCCCAAGACGGAAACCUUCCAAAGCUGCUGCCGCGCUGGAUCAGGGUUUAGCGACGAGGCGGCGGGAGGAGGGAGGAACCGCUACAUCACGGAAAUGAAGGCAGCCUGCGUGGAGGCCCUCGCAGUGGCCAUAGCAGACCCCAGCGUUGUGCAUGAGGGAUAUUCCCUCAGCAGCAGCAGCAGCAGCAGCAGCAGCAGCGGCAGCAGCAGCAGCAGCAGCAGCAGCAGCAGCAGCAGCGAGUCUGAAGAGGAGUCCGAGGAGGAGAGCAGCAGCAGCAGCGACGAGAAGGGCCCCGCAGCUGCAAAGGGAUCUGCAGCAGCAGCAGCAGCAGCAGCAGCAGCAAACAAGCAGCAAAAGCCUGCUGCUGCUGCUGCUGCUGCGCUGCCAAAGGUCUCAGUCAAACCUGCAGAAGCAGCAGCACCAGCAGCAGCAGCAGCAGCAGCAAAAGCACCAGCAGCAGCAGCAAAAGCAAAACAACCAGCAGCUGCAAAACCCAGCAAAGCACCCUCCAGCUCCUCCUCUUCCUCUUCUUCAGAAGAAAGUUCGGAAGAGUCUUCUGAAGAAGAGUCCGAAGAAGAAGAGUGA